AUGUGCCACCUCGCUACCGCCACAUGCAAUACCUGUCAAGAACUGCAGACGGUUUUGGUCCGGCAUACAGCGACUACUUCGCACCCCCAUGCAAUUACUUCUUUGACAAACGAAUUUCACUUGCCUUGCGAAAAUGCAAAGCUCACGGGUAAGAAGUGCUGUUGGCUCUUCACCUGGCGAUUUUCCGCAACUAUUCCCGAGGUCUUUUGCAAGAAGUGCCAGAUGUACCGCGGAGAGAUUGACUACCAAACAUGGCUGUGGAGGGAUAUGAAUCGCCGAAACGAUUUGCUCAACUGUUUAGAUGUUGAGAAGUCCAGAAACAGAAACUCCUGGUGGAAAGUUUUCUUAUGCUGA